GAAUGAUGUGGUUACUACCUACAGAUUUAGUUAUUAUUUCUGUCCUCCUGCUUUGGCAGACAUGACUGCAUGGAAUGUGUACCAAGUCCUCCAGUUCAUUGCAUAUCAUUUUCUACUGCCCCUUCUAUAGGGUAGCAGUUUUGGGAGACAGGGUGAAUAAAUACCACACGAAAUACUUAAAUCACAGGAGGCCUUUGGUUUCCCUUCAAGAUGGCAGUUUUUAAAUCAUUGCCAGAUAACUUCCUUGUUCUGAAAACAAAAAUCUUGUUUCUUCAAAAUUUCUUUUCUUCUUUGUUUUUCCUUUUAUACUGAUCUAAGCUUUAGUCCCUUCUUCUCAGUGCUAGCAGGCUUGGGCUUGUAUUCUUCUUUAGUUAUCAUUUAGCUGAGCCACUGAUACUGACUGCACUUUUAAGAGAGCUUAUAAGAUUAAACAGGAUGCAAGAUUUACUUUGAGAUGCUGAUGUUUUAUUAGUUUAGUAUAGACAUAAUGUAGGAACAGUGGGCAGCUGACAGGAGCAAAUUUUUUAAGCAUCCUCCAGAAUAUUUAUACCAAAUGUCAGUGUAAACCUGUGUGUUCAUUCAUGUGCAUCUUAUCACUGAACCUUCUUUGAUGCCCUUGAAAUGUUUAUCUUUUAAUAUAUUUCUUUGGUUAAUUUCCAUGCAUCAUGUAGUUUGUAUAUCCCUAGUAAUAUUCUUUUUUUUUUAUUAGAGAUGGAAAAAGCAAACAGAAAACCACUAACAGAAAGCAUUGUGCUGCUGCUCUGUAUUCAAAUUUUUCUUUUGCAGUGUAGUGCUGAAUGUUUAUGUUGUGUACGUGUUUACUCUCCCUGGUUGCUGAUAAAAUCAGAUAGUGGCAUGGUCAUUUUAGAGACUGACGUGUCACUUCUGAUAUACUUGGCUCUCAGUCUUGAUUCAGUCCAUGUGUUUGCAUGGAAGAGCUUCAGUGUCUCCUAGCCCUGGAGGCUGAGGGUAAUGUACAACCUGUAGUAAUUGCUUCCUGCAGUUGUGCACAGCACUUGCUGCUGGAAGACUGAGGUGUUGGAAGCCCUCCCUUGUGCAAUUUGGCAGCAACACAGGGGCAGGAGAUGUUCUUGUGUUAAAAGGCAUUGCAAUGUUUGCAUGCUGAAACUGCCAUGCAAAUGUGAGGUAUAAUCUGCAAAUGGCUACUUCUCUUUAAAGCCAGUUGUAACAACUGGGUGUUCUAAAGCAAAAUCUGAGAGGAGCAUUCUUGCCCCCCUGAACCUUUUAGGAUUACAUCUCCCAGGAUUUUGCAUGUUUUAGCAUCUACUUCCAUCUAAACUAGUAGGUCUUCCAGUAGGGAAUAUAAGAACUGUUGGCCUUUUAGUCUCUCCCAGUGACUGCAGUUAGUGCAGGCAAGGCGUUGUUCCUAUGUAAUAUUGGACUGCUGCAUUUCCAGAGCAACUUCGGGGACACAGAAUUUAGUUUGUGUUAUGGUUUUGGAGGGGGUUUAUUGGUUGUUUGGGGGUUUUGUUUAUUUGUUUAAAGGAGGGCAAUUAAUUAGCAACAGUGUAGUGAGAAGAGUGUUUUCUCAUUUUCUGAACAUUGCUGUAUGUGUUACAGAACUUGUGGUGAGCUUGACAGAUAAUGUGGUGAUUGACUAGAGUUUUGAACAUCUGAAAUGAAAACUGUAAUGUGUGAGCAUGUAACUGUUUGUUAUGACUGGGAUAGCAGUGGCCACAUUUUCCUGCAAGGUCAUGUUUGUCAUCUAUCGGGCUCAAAGAAAUACUAGUAGGGUGACUUGGAUGGCAUAUUAAUUACAGUUGCUAUAUUCAGAUGCCUGGAUGUGGAUUUGAAUUGAAUGACAACCCUGGCUGAAGUUCUUCCAUCAACUUACUUGGAUUGAAGUAGUGUGCUGAGAUCUACUCCCUCGCUUACGGUGUGGUCAGCCGGGGUGUGGAGGAGGCUCAUGGGGCAGCUGGGCCAGCUCUGUCUGUGGUGGCUUUCAAGAUGUGGCUGGAAAGUCCUGAGUGCUCUGCUCUGAGCUUGGAGCUGACCCUACUUAUAGUAGGUGUUCGAGUAGAGACCUCCCAUGGCCACUUCCCACGUGAAUUAUCCUGUGGGCCUGGAUCAGGACCUGGUUAUGCUGAGCAUUAUGCAGAAACAUGUUAGCCCUAUCCCUAAUCUCCUGUGCCAAGGUUGUCCUGGCAGCUAAAAAUCUUUCUUCAAGUGAUACCCACAGAAGUAAUUUCAGUUGAUGUUAAGCUGUCAGUGGCUGUUUUCUUUAUCCGAGUCAGAUCUGUCUUUUUCUGUUGCAAGCCUUUUCCUAUCAAUUUUGCUAAUCACUGUUUUAGAUCCAUAGUGCUGAUAAACGUCCACACAAAUUCCCACUAAUGGUGAAAUAAUACAUCCUAUAAGUAGCUCUGGAAAUGUGCACACAGAAAAUAAUAGAAGUAAAGGUAUUACCUUGAGGAUGCAUUAGUCUAAUAAGAUCAAAAUGUCUGUAGAUGCAGCAGAAGUUUGAAAGAGAUUGAAGCAGGAAUUGUCUUUUGAAGGCAAGCUGAGCUAAUGAAAGCAAGGUGAUGUCUUAUUUUUGCUGGGUCUUGUCAAUAAAGAUUCAGAUGGAGUAGCCUGCAGGAGAGGUGAGCAGAAACCAGUUCAUUAUCACAUCAUGGCAAAAAUUUGAAGAAUAUUGCAAGGUAUUUAAAAUACCUUGUACUGGGGCUGAGUAAAGAUUGAGAUCCUGAAUUAAAUUCUAGUAGGGAUCAGAGAGCUGAAACUGAGAAGACUACCAGAAAGCUCUAAGUUAAUUUUGGAGGUAGCAGUUGGGAUUUACCAGACUUCAAUUUUAGUUAUUUCAAAUUGCAGAAGUAAGAGAGAGGCACAAUUCUCUUAAUGAUGUGUGAUGUCAGUUUUGGUGAUCGACAUGCAGGAUUGUAAUAUCCUUGCACUGUCAUUACAGUAAGCUCAGUAAGCAAACUGCAGACCCUUUGGGAGGUUGAAAAGCAAAGUUACAUCUCCCAACAAAGAGCCUGCAAAAUGUGGACAAAGUGAAUUUUUGUGAAGGUUGGCACAUGGAAGGUUAAUGCCUAAAACACUGCCCUUUCUUUGGGUAGAGCUGCUGUGUAAGAAGUGAAGCUAGUUUACAGAAGCCCAGCAAAAGGGACCUGAAGUUCUUUAUAAAAGCAUAUGUGAUGUUCUGUACAAUGAAGAAGAGCUGGAAGAGUCUGUUUCUCUUGAGCAGCUCCUAAGGCUCUGUCCAGCUGUUGUUGGAAUGCGAGCAGCGCUUGCGUUAUUUGUGCGUCUGUGGCCAAGGGUAACGCUGGACAUUGCUUGAAGGUUUCAAAGUCAAACUCAGCCCUGUGGCCACAAGCAAAGUGCAGAUUAGUGAGAGGUUAAAUGCUCAUAUUUCUGGGUAGGUUUAAAAAUAGCACAAUAUUGCUUUUCCUUCUUCAUGGGUGUGCAAAAAUUGAGCUCUGGUCUCACUGGCAACAGCCAUGUGAUCCUUCAAAUACAGCAAGGUACCCACACACCUUGGGUGUGGGGUCAGUGAGUGAAGUCAGCUGGGAUCUGCCUCUCCAGGGGCUAUGGGUGUAGCUUGUCAGUAAGAAGGAGGGAAGCACAGGCUCUUUUGCCAUCCCUUUUUCUCGUGGCAUUUAAGUUACCUAUUAAACUGUGACUGCCCCCAUCUCCAAACCCUCAUCUUCUUGUUGGCCACCACAUCAGAAGCUUGAGAGAAGAGCACGUAAGGAUGCCCAGAGAGUGAGGCAGGGCAGGACCAGGGAAUGCUAAAACAUGACUCAGAAGGCAUAUAGGAGUAACUGGUGUCUUAGGGAGGAUGAGGAUGCAGAGCUGGUCCCACUGUCUGUCUAGAAGUUUGUCAGUGGCUUGACAAACCAACGUGGAGGGUAAAGAUGGAUGGUGACAGCUCCACAACAGAUGCUUCUCAGUUAGGAAUUGCUGGAGAUUACAUUGGUGGCAGUCACUAUGUCAUACAGCCUCAUGAUGACACAGAAGACAGCAUGAAUGAUCAUGAAGAUACAAAUGGCUCAAAAGAGAGUUUUAGAGAACAAGAUAUAUAUCUUCCAAUUGCAAAUGUGGCAAGGAUAAUGAAAAAUGCCAUACCCCAAACAGGAAAGAUUGCUAAGGAUGCAAAGGAAUGUGUACAAGAGUGUGUAAGUGAAUUCAUCAGCUUUAUAACAUCAGAAGCAAGUGAGAGGUGUCACCAAGAGAAAAGAAAGACCAUCAAUGGAGAGGAUAUUCUUUUUGCCAUGUCUACCUUGGGGUUUGAUAGCUAUGUUGAACCUUUGAAGUUAUACCUCCAAAAAUUCAGAGAGGCAAUGAAAGGAGAAAAGGGAAUUGGGGGAACAGUUACAACUGCAGAUGGUCUAAGUGAGGAGCUCACAGAAGAAGCAUUUACUAACCAGUUGCCAGCAGGCUUAAUAACCACAGACGGCCAACAGCAGAAUGUUAUGGUCUACACAACAUCAUAUCAACAGAUCUCUGGUGUUCAGCAAAUUCAGUUCUCAUGAUUUUGAAGAAAACUUUCCAUCUGGGAACACGAGACGGAAAACCUGUGCAACUCUAACCAAGAGGCAGUUUUAAUGACUGGUGAAGAGAUUUAUCUCUUUGUACAUUAAAUAGCUGUAAUGUAGCUACCAGAAGCUUGACUAAUUGAGGUGUGAGUUCUGACUCAAAUCUUUUUCAUGAUGAUUUUAAAGAAAUAAUUGGAUUUUAAAGGUAUUAAAGUAUUUUUGUUUUGUACAAGAGUUUGUUGCUCUGUAUAACUCCUGUAUGCAUUGUAUAUUGCAAUUUAUUACUGUCAGAGAUUUGUAGACAGUUUCUUAUUUUCAUAUUGAAUCAUGUUACUUUUGUAAUUCAGGUAAACAGCUGGGUUAAUUCAUGUUUACCCUUUGAAUAAAAUGGUAAGGGUAUAGUUCAUUUUUGAAUGCAAGUUGCCUUUAUUAUAAAGAUUGAGUUAGUCUUGGUUAUGUAACUUGUCUUGCAUGACAACCUCAACUAACUUUACAUGUCAGCUUAUUUAUUGAGAUUUUGAACGGGACUUUUUCCUCAUGAAACUAGCAGCUCAAAAGAAUUGCUACAAUUGUUUUUUCUAAUGUAACUUCUGAAUUAAAGGUUAAUCAAAACCAAUUAAUGCUCUACUACAUUUAGAGGUUUAGAGCUUAUCAACAGUGUUAAUGAAAGCACUGACUGUGCGAUGCAGGUUUUCUUUUUUAAAUUUUCUGUUCAGUUGCAUUAACUCUCCUUAGACUUACUUUGAUACUUUUAAGGUAGUCUUUCUGCUAUUGAAAUAACUCUUCCUUUUUAUGUAUGGCUUUUAGAAUCCCAAACUUAGAAAUUCAAAGGUGGGGGGGGGGGAUUUUAUAGUCCUUGUGGUAAAAGAUCUCACUUUAACUUUUUACUGAAGUGUUCUAACGUUUCUUGUGAGCCUGUGGGAACUCAAAAGUGGUAGUGACUUUCUGUGUCUGGGCUGUGUGUUGUGUGUGUGUGUGAGUAUGUGUGUGUGAGUGGCUGACAGCUGAACAAGUGAUACAAAUCUGAAAUGGAAGACAAGACUUCAGGUUUGCUGUCUCUUUCCUGGUUUUGCAAUAAACUCUACCUAGGUAAUGUA